AACCAGUUGCGUUUGCUGUCCGCACAAAUGUCAACUACUGCGCCGCCAAUGAUGAUGGCGUCCCCGUGCCGGGCAUGGCCAUCUCCUUUGAGGCUAAAGACUUCCUCCACGUCAAAGAGAAAUUUAAUAAUGACUGGUGGAUAGGUCGUCUGGUGAAGGAAGGCUGUGAAAUCGGUUUCAUCCCCAGUCCUGUGAAGAUUGAGAACACUCGGGUACAACACGAGCACAGAGCCAAACAGGGCAAGUUCCACUCCAGUAAAUCGGGAGCAAACUCCUCUACCAGUUUAGGUGAAGUGGUUCCUAACUCGCGGAAAUCCACCCCCCCUUCCUCUGCCGUUGACAUAGACUCCACAGGCUUAGACCCCGAGGACAAUGAGCUUCCAGUCCACCUUCGCUCCCCUAAAGUCAGUCAGCCAAACACUGUCAUGUCACCCACCCUAGCCAAAGACAAACGAAUGCCCUUCUUUAAGAAGACGGAACACAUUCCUCCAUAUGACGUUGUGCCUUCCAUGCGACCUGUGGUCCUGGUUGGACCAUCACUGAAGGGCUACGAGGUGACAGAUAUGAUGCAAAAAGCACUGUUUGACUUUUUGAAACACAGAUUUGAGGGAAGAAUAUCAAUCACUCGAGUCACUGCAGACAUCUCUCUUGCCAAACGCUCCGUCCUCAACAACCCUAGUAAACACGCCAUCAUCGAGCGAUCCAACACACGCUCCAACCUUGCUGAAGUGCAGAGUGAGAUAGAGCGUAUCUUUGAACUGGCCCGGACCUUACAGCUGGUGGUACUGGACGCAGACACCAUCAACCACCCGGCCCAACUGGGCAAGACAUCCCUGGCUCCUAUCAUCGUCUACGUCAAGAUCUCCUCUCCUAAGGUUCUGCAGAGGCUCAUCAAGUCCAGGGGGAAGUCCCAGGCUAAGCACCUCAACGUCCAGAUGGUUGCCGCAGACAAACUGGCCCAAUGCCCAGCCGAGAUGUUUGACAUCAUCCUGGAUGAGAACCAGCUGGAGGAUGCGUGUGAGCACAUGGCUGAUUACCUGGAGGCCUACUGGAAGAGCACCCACCCCGCCAGCUGCAACCCCCCCAAACCGCUGCUGGCCACAGACGCCCUGCCCUCCAGCCCCGCUCCCGUCUCCAGCAUGCAGGGCAGCGGGGCAGAGGAGAAAACAGGGGACAAGGCAGGACAAGGUGGGGAGAGGAAGGGCUCCAGAGAGGACCACCAGCAUCACCAUCACCACCACCACAGCCAGCAUCAGAGCCAGGAGCAGCCAGAUGAGGAGGAGGAGGAGAGGGAGGAGGAGGAGAGGCCCCUAAGGACAGAGUCUUCCAGGAGACCCCAGCACAUCCACCACCGCUCCUCCUCCCAGCGAACUGAGCAGCACCACAACCACCACCACCAUCAUCAUGGUGGUGGUGGCGGUGGUGGCCGGGGCAAGGGUCUCUCCCGGGGGGAGACACAGGACUCAGAGACCCCCGAGAGCCGGGAGAGCAGAGAAAGCAGAGACUCAGCGUACAUAGAGCCCCUGUCUCAGCUCCUACACCAGGAGGAGGAGGAUGAUUUUGGAGAGGAGUAUGACGAGGAGGGGCUUGGAGAGGGGGGGCACCCCCAGCAGCAGCAGCAGGGGCGCUACGAGGCCCAGCCCCAACCCAGGGACCAUCAUCAUCACCACCACCACCAUCACCGCGCCGGCGAGGAGGCGGGCCACAGCACAACAGGACACCACCGUUCUAAGGAGCGUAACGAGCAGGACCACAACGAGCGCAACAAGUCACGCGGUCACCACCACCAUCAACGACCGGCCCGCGACCACCACCACCACCAGUACUAUGACCUCGACCGGGACAGGGAGGGGGAGGUGGCCCCCAAAAAGAGGGGUGACACAGAGGACUGGGCCAGAGACCCCUAUAUUCACCAGUGACAGCCUAGCCCCGAGACCCUAACCCCCCACACACUGAGACAGUGGUAGGACUCACCCCCCUCUCUCUGAAACCGUUCUGUUGUCCCAUCUUGCUGCUACACCUGUCUAUGUAUGCUUCCUUUGUAAAGGCCGUUGCAUCCUUAGCAAUGGCAGUAUUUUUAUUAUAUAUAGUAAAUAAAUAAAUAUAUAUAUAUAUAUAUAUAUGUGUGUGUGUGUAUCGAUACAUAGACAUUGUCGUUUAUGUGUGGAUAUGCGUGGAUCUUCUCAAAUAUGCAUAUUUUAAACCUGUGUUUGAUGAAGCAUGACACAACAGCAGAAUUAUCUUCUGUACUGAGCUGUGCUUUCUGUGACUAGCAUUUAAAAAAUGUAUUUCAAUAUUUGUCAGGGUUCUUUUAUUUAUUUUUUGUAUGCUGCCACUUAAAGAAGAAUGUGUUCAUUCAGACUACUGUUAGCAAUGACUGAGAGGUGGGAAACCACGUAACUGGGUUAAGUGCUAUAUAUUUGCAAUUGUUUUGGGUUUAAUUUAAUUGUUCCGGUUUUCUUGCUUGCGUUUCAAAAAAAUCUGCAUUGUUCAUUUUCGGUGUUUGGUCCUCUGAUGUUGAUGCUGCCUCUCCAUCGGGCCACACCUUAGUCUGGCCUUACAAGACAAAGCGAAUAGUGACAUGACAUUACCGUACUGUUGUUCAAUUUAUAAAGGGUCCAGAAACAUUUUGUAACAUUGCUACACACUCUGUUCAGCACUUUUAGUGCAACAUACUGUAGACUGAAUCACAUUGUUGGUGUCAGGUGUACAACUAUUUUAUAUUUUAGAGUAUAGUUAUCGGGUAAAAUCAAUCCACUUUAUUCCAUGAUGGUAUGUCUUUUUAAGUGUAACCCUUUUUUAAGAACAGUUCCACGCACUUAGUACAGUCCAAUUAGCUAUAAAUGUGCAUUAUGAGGUACCCCAAAAAAUAUUUCCUUGAAUUAUAUUUAUUUUGAUGUGUAAUUGAAAAUCAUUCACAACCACUGAGUGAAAUCAACUGGAUGCUAAAGGUUUGCCUUUCUGCUAGGCUAUGGUGCUCAAGAACAGUUGUAAUAACCUAGUUAUAACAUAGCUCCAGACCAGGGCGUUACAUGUGGCUUCCUAACGCUGAGCCUCAGUGUCAGCAUGCCCCACAUAACGCACUGGACAAGAGCUAGUUAUAAGGUUUGCAUUGAUGAUGAGGUUAGGGCCGAGUCCUUACUCGAGGAAAUGUGUCUGAUUUAGGUGAAUGCCUGAGUUAUAAGAAUUAGAUCCCUAGUGAGGUUUCUUAGUACAGGCUGCCCUCUGUAAGGAGGUUAGGGGUAUGUGCCCCAAAUGUCACCCUGCUCCCUAUAUAUAGUGCACUACUUUUGACCAGGGCCCAUAGAGAUCUACUCAAAAGUAGUGCACUAUUUAGGGAAUAGGGUACAAUUUGAGAUGCAUCCGAGGUCACAUACUCUGGCCCUCUGUUUACAUUACCACCAACCAGCCAGUCCCAUAGAACAAUUUUCAGUUUUAUUUUUGCCUAAAAUAUUAUGAUUAUCCAUUUAUAUGCUACUCUAGUAGCACUACACAUUUUUAAGAGUGUACAUUUGUAUGUACAUAUGUAUAAAUCCAAAAAAUAAACUUGGCAACAAAGAA